AUGGUAAAAUUUAAUAUUGAGGGGAUAGAAGUGUAUUUUCCGUACCCUAAAAUAUACCCUGAGCAAAUAGCAUACAUGAGAAGCCUGAAGAAUGCCCUAGAUGCAAAAGGCCAUGCUGUUUUGGAAAUGCCGACUGGUACAGGGAAAACGGUAGCUUUAUUCAGUUUCGUAUCCAGUUAUCAACUGGCAAAGCCAGAACUUGGGAAGUUGGUGUACUGUACAAGGACAAUACACGAAAUGGAAAAGUCGCUGUUAGAACUGAGAGAAGUAAUCGCAUAUCGCAAUGAACAAAUGGUGAAAAAGGAAGAAUCAGAGAAGGAAUCAAGUGAGAAUAAGAAAAAAAAUGGUUAUUUUUUGGCAGUUGGACUGUGUUCUAGAAGGAAUUUGUGCAUACACCCAGAAGUGUCCUCAAUAGCAGAUAGAACAAAAAUAGAUGAAAAAUCAACUGAUGAACAAAAAAUAAUAGGUUGUGAUUUGACGUCGAUGUGGAAAAGAAUACAAUUUGAAGACAUAAUAGAUAAUAAGAGAAGUGAGUACACAGUGCAAUACGAAGGAGCAUCGCCAGUGAAAAUGCCGCCAAGCAUAUCGACAGUUGAAAAAAUACCGGACAUCGAAGAGUUUAACGCACUGGGACUGUGCGGAUACUACGAAACGAUGGAAAGAGUGUGGAAUCCAACGAUGAUACCCUCAGGAGUGUACACGCUGGAGGGACUGAAGGAGUACUCGAAGAAUUUUAAGAACGCUAACACGGGGAAGCCGUCGCCAAUAUGCCCGUACUUUAUGGCGAGGAGGUCAAUAGAGCACGCGAACAUAGUAGUGCUUAAUUACCAGUACAUGAUAGACCCGAAGGUGUCAGAUGCAGUCUUUUCGCACCUGUGCACGGAGAGCUACCUUAACAUGACCAAGGAGAACCCGUUCAGCAAGGAAGAGUUAAUAGUACCAUUGACAACCAAUUUAGGCAAAGAUAAGACUAAACUGCCAAUUGUAGUAGUGUUUGACGAAGCACAUAACAUAGAUAACGUGUGCAUAGAAGCACUGAGCGUGGAGCUGAGCACUGAGACGCUGGACAACGCAUACUCGGACCUGACGAGGCUGGAGGAAAACGUGAAUGAACUGAGACAGAGAGACCAGCAGCUCUUGCUGGAAGAGUACCAGAAACUGGUGGAAAACACCAAUUUCGACUCAAUUGACAUCGAAGGGUACAUGAACCCGGUGCUGAGAGCAGAUAUACUGGCGAAGGCAGUGCCAGGCUCAAUAAGGAAAGCAGAGCACUUUAUAUCGUUCCUGAAAGUGGUAAUAGGGUACCUGAAGAAGUAUAUAAAGGUGCAGGAGGCAAAAUCAGAAGGUCCUUUGAUGUUUUUAUACAGAUUCGAACACGAGACUGAAAUAUCGUCAGAAGUGAUGCAGCACACAUAUAAUAGAAUGAAGUCGCUGCUCAACACGCUAAAACUGACGUCAAUAGGAGACAUAACGUCGCUACAGCUGGUGGUGGACUUUUGCACACUGGUGGGAACGUACUCGAACGGAUUCAUAGUGAUAGUGGAGCCGUAUCCGACGUCGACCUACGACCCACUGCUGCAGUUCUCGUGCCUGGACGCGUCAAUAGCAAUGAAGCCAGUGCUGGACAACUUCCAGUCAGUGGUGCUGACGUCAGGAACAAUAUCGCCGCUGGAGUUCUACCCGAAGAUACUGAACUUCACGCCAGUGCUGACGCAGUCGCUGCCAAUGUCGUUCGACAGAGACUGCCUGUGCCCAAUCAUAGUGUCGAAGGGAGCGAAUCAAGUGCACAUCUCGACGAAGUUUGACCUGAGAACGGAUAUAACAGUGCUGAGAAACUACGGAGCACUGCUGAUAGACUUCUGCAAGCACAUCCCGGACGGAAUAGUGUGCUUCUUCCCAAGCUACGCGUACAUGGAGCUUAUACUGUCGCACUGGUACGAGAGCGGGAUCCUGGCCUCAAUCAUGGAGCAUAAGCUGAUAUUCAUGGAAACGAAGGACCCAGUGACGACGACGCUGGCGCUCUACAACUACAGGAAGGCGUGCGACGUGGGCAGAGGAGCGCUCUUCCUGUCAAUAUGCAGAGGAAAGGUGGCAGAAGGGAUCGACUUCGACAGACACUACGGGAGGUGCGUGGUGCUGGUGGGAAUACCAUUCCAGUACACACUGUCGAAGGUGCUUAAGGCAAGGCUGGACUUCAUGAGAUGCAACUACGGGAUCCAGGAAAACGAGUUCAUAACCUUCGACGCAAUGAGGCAGGCAGCACAGUGCGUGGGAAGAAUCAUAAGAAACAAGGCAGACUUCGGACUGAUGGUCUUCGCAGACUCGAGGUACAGCAGAGCGGACAAAAAGUCGAAGCUGCCGCCGUGGAUCCUGAAGAGCAUAGACCCGUCGCACCUGUUCCUGACGACGGAAAGCGCAGUGGCAGUGGCGAAGACCUUCUUCAGAAACAUGGCGCAGGAGUACACGCCGAACAAGUUCACGAGACUGGGGCAGAAGAUGCUCGACGACGAAAAGAGCUGCUGGUCGACAGUGCAGAAGGUACUAAAGCUAAGAUGA